CGGACACAGUUAAAAUGCUGUGUCAGCCUUAUAACAGAUACAGCGCUGUUUGUGGCCCCCGUCCUCUCCCAUGCUGCAUGCACGCAGUCUGUGGCCUUGUGUCAAAACUGUUUGGUUGUGAUGAGAGCUGGAUGUUUGAAUAUUUGGAGCACCUGGGUGUAAACUGUGGCACACUUUUUGUGAUUUUGCAUAUUUGUUUAGUUAGCCAAGAAGAUUCUUCAUGGGGAAAAAAAGGAUGUUGGUUCUAGUACAGCUGUCUCUUAAUUUUAGAAGAAAGAAGCUGACGUGAAUAUCAGAUGCUCUCGCUUCCUCAUUUUGCCUCAAGCUGCUGUCUCAAAAAGUUAUUUUGUUGUCAUGGUGAUGAUUGUUUGGACGUUUUAAAAGCUGUGCUUUUAGAAAGAACCAGGACCCAUCUCUGAUCGUCAGUCUGGUUUAGUUUGUUUGUGUUUGAAGGAAAUCUGGAUUUCAGUGGAACUGGAUCUGAAAAGAAAAUCAGUGCUGUCUGUGUUGUUCACUCUUGCUCUGCCAGGAACCUAUUGAUUGGACAGAGCAAAAUCAACACUGUUGUUGUCAUGUGUGUAUUCACUGAGAGCUGUUUACAGACAGCUGUGAGUCAAUGAAACUCAAUGAAGUAACUCAUUCAGUCUGUUUGUGUUUGGGCAAACUAAAAGCUUUUAGCUGUUUGGGAUUUAAUUAAUGCUGGUAAUAAAUUGCCAGACUGUUUCCUGACAGAUCGUUUAAAAGUGAGUCAUAUUUAUUGCUUAGAAUAAAGCAAUGGUAAGUAUAGAUUAGAAAAAAUGAAUUGAAACUUUUUAGUUCCCAAAUGAAUCUCUCAGCGUGGUUGUUCAGCAGUGCCGUCCAUCUCCAAGGCUAGCUGUGUUUUUGAGCUUGAAGAAAGAAAGGGACUAAAAUUGAUCCGAUAUAGCACAGGAAACAAAAGAUAAGGAAGAAGGGAGGCUGUGACCAAGAGAUUGAUGUGGUGGCUGGAAAUGGGACUGGUGUCAGAGGAAGCAGCUCCGAGUCCGAGGAUCGACAAUGCGCUUUGAACUGAUGCUUGAGAAACUCCUCUGGGCAAUCUUUUAGACAAACUGUGAUCUCUGAACCAUCAGCGGUUUUUACCGCUCACACAUCUUCUGGAAAAGAGAGAGAGGAAAAGUCUAGGGUGCAAUCCUUAUGGAACUAUUUGGAAUUCAGCGAUGAAAUGUUUGGAAUAAUCAGUGCAGUGUUUUGGAAACCAGCUUUGAGUUAGCCUGGAGUGCAUUUAAAUUUAUUCAUAUUUUAUUAAUAUUAUUUUUCUUCAUUGUUUGAUUCUUUGAAGCAGUUUUCAAUUUUUAUGAAUGUUGUUGUUGUCACUGAAAGCAGCCCUGAUUUAACUGGACACUAUAAUCUUAAUGUUGUCUAAUCAACUUUCCCACAUUCUUGCCAACAAAAGACAUAUUGUUAAAUUUUUUCUUUUGUUACAUUUAACUUAGAAACACAUUAUUACCAGAUGUUUUUUUGUUUUUCUUUAGAAAUGUUACAAUUGUAGACUCUUAAAGGAGCUGUGGCCCUAUUUGAGUCACAGUUGUUGUUUUUUGAAAACCGUGUCAACUUUUGAGGAAUUGUGAACAUCACCACAGGAUUCUGUUCUGCUUUCGGACAGCUGGCCACAGCAGCUGCAGCUGGCACAAUGAAACUUGCAUGUGCGAGUGCAUUGUUGAUAAUUUACCCUUGCAGUGCUAAAAACUGCUCGACCAGUGACAUGCUCUCUGUCUGACUACUGGGACGUGGGGCUGAUCACAGGGGCUGCCAUGGAAAACAGUAGUACAUUUGACAACAUGACUGGACUGACACAUGAUCGGCCAGUGCAAACGUCCUCAUUCUGCCAGCAGGUUGCGUCCGUCGAUGCGGCAGGAAAUUAUGAUGUUGUGAAUAAUGUUGUCAUUCCGACCCCAGGGGCACCAGACCCCAGGGCCCAGAAUUCUUUGCGGCAGAGUUGGGAAAUGAACUACCAGGAAGCAGCAAUAUACCUGCAGGAGGGAGAGAAUAACGACAAGUUUUUCACUCAUCCACGAAAUGCCCAAGCGCUCAGUGCCUACCUGUUUGCUCACAAUCACCUUUUCUAUGUGAUGGAGCUGCUGACUGCGGUGUUACUCAUGCUUCUGUCCCUCUCAGAGGCCCCUGCCGUCCCCUUUCUCCGCUUGGACGUCUAUGUUCAUGCGUCACUGGAGUUAUUGGCAUUAGCAACGGUGGCCUUUGAGUUGUGCAUGAAGCUCCGAUGGCUUGGCUUUCACACCUUUAUACGUCAUAAGAGGACCAUGGUAAAGGCAAGUGUCCUGUUUAUUCAAUUCAUUGAGGCAAUUGUGGUCCUAGUCCGGCAGACAUCUCACCUUCGUGUGACAAGAGCCCUGCGGCCAAUCUUUCUGGUGGACUGCCGUUACUGUGGAGCUGUUCGCAGAAACCUGAGGCAGAUAUUUCAGUCUCUUCCUCCCUUCAUUGAUAUUCUUCUGCUGCUGCUUUUCUUCAUGGUCAUCUUUGCCAUCCUAGGAUUCUGUUUGUUCUCAGCCAACACAGCCGACCCUUAUUUUAGCACACUGGAGAACAGCAUUGUUAGUCUGUUUGUCCUUGUGACCACUGCAAAUUUUCCAGAUGUGAUGAUGCCAGCGUAUUCAAAGAAUCGUUGGUCGUGCAUUUUCUUCAUUGUGUAUCUGUCCAUCGAGCUCUACUUCAUCAUGAAUCUGCUCCUGGCAGUUGUUUUUGACACCUUUAAUGGAGUCGAGAAGAUGAAAUUCAAGUCUCUUCUUCUACACAAGCGAUCGGCCGUAGAGCACGCAUUCCAGCUGCUGGUUGGUCGGCAGAGGCCAGAUGGAGUGUGUUUAAAACAGUUUGACGGACUGAUGCGAUUCUAUCGCCCACGAAUGACAGCACGAGAUCGUUUCCUCACUUUCAAGGCCCUCAACCGUUCAGGAGCAACCAUGCUGAGUCUCCAGGACUUUUAUAAGCUUUACGAAGUGAUCGGGCUCAAAUGGAAGGCUCGACGGAGUGGGGAGCACUGGUUUGAUGAUCUUCCUCGUACUGCAUUUCUCAUCCUCAAAGGAAUCAAUUUACUUGUGAAAUCCAAAGCUUUCCAAUAUGCAAUGUAUCUGGUAGUAGCAAUUAAUGGCAUCUGGAUCCUGGUGGAGACAAACAUGUUAAAUGAUGGCGUCGCAUGGACUCAUGUUGUCCCAUGGAGUUACAUUAUUUUCCUCACAAUUUAUGGAGUUGAGGUCUUGUUGAAGAUCACAGGCCUUGGUCCUUUGAAAUAUUUCAGCUCAGGGUGGAACCUCUUUGAUUUCUCAGUAACAGUCUUUGCCUUUCUGGGAUUAAUUGCUUUGGCCUUUGACAUGGAGCCGUUCUACUUCAUCGUGGUGUUGAGACCUUUUCAGCUCCUCCGUUUGUUUAAAAUUAAACAGCGCUAUCGGAACGUUUUGGACACAAUGUUUGAACUCUUCCCGCGCAUGGCCAGUCUAGGACUGACUCUGAUCAUCUUCUAUUAUUCUUUUGCCAUCGUUGGAAUGGAGUUUUUUGCUGAUGUUGUUUAUCCAAACUGCUGCAACACUAGCACUGUUGCUGAUUCGUAUCGCCAGAUAAAUGUGACUAUUGGCAACCGGACCAUUCUAGACGAGGGAUAUUACUAUCUCAAUAACUUCAAUAACAUCCUAAGCAGCUUUGUCACUCUUUUUGAGCUAACAGUGGUGAACAACUGGUACAUCACUAUGGAAGGUGUGACGUCACAAACUACUCACUGGAGUCGCCUUUAUUUCAUGACCUUUUACAUUGUCACCAUGGUUGUGAUGACGAUAAUCGUGGCCUUCAUACUAGACGCAUUUGUCUUCAGGAUGAACUACAGUCGCAAGAACAGGGAGCCGCUGGAUGACCCAGAAGAUGAAAAGGGGAUUGUCUUUGAGACAGAGGUGUCUCAGACUGAAGCUCUGCAGACUCUGGACUUGUAUAAACACACACUGGGCGUCACCAACCUGAGCUCACUGCAGGACAUGUGUGUGGCUCUGGAGCGGAGCGGGCAUUCCUCAUUAGUAUUUCUGGGUCGAAGGUCACGUACAAAGAGUGACCUCAGCAUGAAGAUGUACGAGGAGGAAAUUCAGGAAUGGUACGAGGAAUAUUCCAGAACAAACCUCCAGCCAGAUGAGACAUCCCACAGAGAACUGGACAGCCCUGAAGUCAGUGCUGCGAACAGCAUUAAUUAACUCGCACACUCCGAAUACUGCAACAGUGUUAACUAACACACUCACUCGUACCUCUGAGGGACCUUAGAAACAUCUUCCUCGCAUCGAUGGAGAGCACAGGGGUUCCCCAUGACCACUACAUUCUCCCUCCAUCCACAUGGAGACCCACAGAGCUCACUUAAAGCCUUACUUCCCAAAAAACCUUAAGGUACCGUGGCCAAUCAGGGAAGCUUGCAGACCAAUCAUGUGACAAGCACAAGGUCCGGGAACCUUUUUCUUCCAUGAAAUGCACCUCAUGACAUUUGCCUUGAUUCAUGAUUCAGACUCUAUCAUGGAUUUGUCAAACGGAGAACGGCGAUUGAAUGUUUCUGUGGGAGAUGAAUCAGAACUGAAUGUGAGGAUUUUAGCACUAAGUGACUCGUGUGUCUCUUUCUCCACAGUCCGUGGUAUUGCUUAACCAACAGAUAAUAUAUUAUAGUAAUAAACUAAUAUUGUUUUUAAACUAAAGCUGCUUUUUGCUGGAACCUUUGGACCUAUAGAGAGGCUUAUUUUUUCAUUAUAUAUAAAUAUAUAUAUAUAUAUAAAUGCAGAUUAAACGUAUGUCAGAUGCAGUUGAGAGGCAAGUAUUUAAAAAUCUGUUUUAAUACAUCCACUGAUUUACUCAACAUAGGCCCGUUUCUCAGGCAUAUGUUCGUUUUGGAUGGAUGAGUGUUCGAUAACCUGCCCUGGACCUUUUAGUUAGUUUAAACUUUUGUCUUGUCACAUAUGAAAAGUUCUUAUUUUCUUUAGUUUGGAGUCAGUAUUUUAGAGUAUUUUGGCAGCAAGUGCAGUAAUUUGAUUCCACAGACUGUCUGAUCCAUUCAGCUUUCCAGGGUAAAAGCAGAUCUUUCUCCAAACCGAAUAUUUCCUUUGUGUAAAACCAUAGGUGAAAAAUUGAUUCCAAUUAGCCGUGCUUAUGGCUUAAUGCACUGUACGUUAAAACUGUUAUUUAUCUACUUACAUUCAGUUAAACGUCUUUCCUGUUCGCUGCACCAUUUUAUAAUUUAUUAGUCAUUUUCUUGAUGCUUUUUUAACAGGGUGAAUGCAUGCCAAUCCUCAUAAGUUGUUUGCUCUCAUGUCUAGAGUAUGUAACCUGGAGGUAAUUGGGGAUGUCAGUGAUUUCAUUCCAGUUGCUUGUUUUAGGAUGUGCAACCUUGAUGCUCCAAACACAAGGGAACAUGAUGAAACCACAGCAGCUCCUCUAAUACUGUAGGGUUUACUUGUGUCUCAGUUCUCUGUUCUUUUUACUUUCUUAAUGUAUAAUAACAGGUCUAGUAAACGAUACAUUUUAAUGAAACUUCUUUUGGAUUUUUGUUUAAUAACUGUCUUUUUAUGAAUUAUAUUCUCUUUGUGUUACUGUCACCCAACUGUCGAGAUUAAUUCAUCCAGUAAUUCUUUUUUAAAUUUAAUUUAUCCAUAUUUUGUGUAUUGUGUAUUAUUAUUAUUAUUAUUUUAUUUUUAUGUAACGUAGCUAAUGAAAUCGUACCGGUCCCAUUUUUGCCAAGUUGGUCAAGGUCUUGGGAAUUUCACCAAAUGUUUCUCCACGAGUCCACGGUUUUCCAACAGAGUUCGGCUACUUUUAUAUUGUUGUCGUGGUUUGAUGCCCUUGUGGUUUUAGAUUAGGAAUCUCUUUUAGGGAGGUUUUGAAUCCCCAGAAACCGAUCGGGUUAGUUUUCGGCCGUAAUUGGCAUAGGUAAUUGGGCUGGUUUGUUUUGCAGACCCACGCAGAUUUCGCAACGGUUUCGAUUUUGUCACACGAAUUCUUCAAAUAUUCGACUACACAUAGUGUCAUAAAUAUAUCGACAGGCAUAUGAAGAAUGUAGCUCGACAACACAAAAAUAAACACGCCUGUAAAAGUAGUCUACUUGAGACAUUCAUUCUCUCUCUACCUCUGACUCUAUCCUAAGGCAAAGUGACAAAGUUAUUUGUGUCAUUUACUUUAAUAUUUGACUUUGACAGAACUGAGAGUUGCAGUCUUCCGCACUGUUAGACUUGCUUUUGUUUUGCUAAUUUCUCUCGCAGGCAUUUUGUGUGGCCGACAAACCGAUUUGUGGUGUUUGUUACUGGACAGCGGGAGGCGCUACAGAGUCAGAUCGUAGAGCACGAGCGUCCUGUUUAAUUCAGCGGUCUCUAUCUGUGUAAUGCGUGCAAGGAUCUUAUGUUUCUUUUUUAUGCUUGUCAUCACAUUUGAACAAUUUAUUCCAUAUUCUCUGCUGUUCCAGUGAUAGUAACGUCAUAAUGUGUUUUCUGGAGAGGCAGUUUUAACGUGACAUGACAUCUGACGCUGGUUUUCUGGAGGUUGUAAUAUGUUCAGCUUGUGAUGAUAUAAGACGAUCAGUUGAGGGUAUCAGCUAUUAGAAGUGACUUCAGUUAUUGUUCUAAAUAACGAAAACAUAAUUACUUAACUCUUACGUAUCCCAUAGAGUCAUCCAUAAAAUAAUUUAAUGUUCCUUGUUCUGAUUUUGGUCAUCCAUAAAAUAAUUUAA